UCUUCAUAUGAAAAACAAAUUACUUGUUGCUUUAGAAUAACGAUUAACGAAUAUAUACCUAACUUAAAUAUUAUUACCAAUCCCAAAUUUCUCCAAUUUUUAUUUGAAUUUUAGGUUUUCAUUCAAUUCAUCUCUUUUCAAACCAACGCUAUCUGUUCAUGUGAAGUACAAGCAAAGCGUGGCCAUGGGAUUUAAGUUGCUUCGGAUUCAGUAUUCGAUGUAUCGUUUGACUUCAAUAUCUCUGAAUUCUGAUUGUUAGUGGCUCUGAAAACUUUACAGUUUAGAAGACAUUGAUUGUGGAGAAGAGUUCUGUUAUAACAAACUGAGAUGCAAACUUAGCAGCCAUGAUGUUAUACUGAUGUUUUGAUUACUUAGAUUUGUAAAGGCUUCAGAUAGAGGGGAAGAAGAUGAAUAUUUCUGCUCUUUUAACUUCUGCUGGAAUUAAUAUAGCCAUAUCUGUAUCACUGUUGUCGCUGUACUCCAUCUUGAGGAAACAACCAAGCAAUGUUAGUGUGUACUUUGGUAAGAAGCUUGCUUCAAUGUGCGACAAACGUAAUGAUCCUUUCAGCUUGGAGAGAUUUGUACCAUCCCCUAGUUGGAUAUUGAAGGCUUGGGAAACAACUGAAGCAGAAUUAUUGGAGCUUGGAGGCUUGGAUGCUGUAGUUUUUAUCAGAAUAGUUGUUUUCAGACUCAUUUCCAUGCUUUUAGAGUCAGUUUCCACUGUUUUCCAUUGUGGUUUUCUUAUUGCUAUUGCUAUUUUUCCUCUAAACAGUAUCCGAAUCUUCUGCAUAGCUGCUGUGAUUUGCAUUUUUCUAGUGCUUCCAGUGAACUAUUAUGGUAAAGACAUGAUCCACAAGAAAAUCUCUUCGGAGUCACUGGAGGUAUUCACAAUUGCAAAUGUCAAAGAAGGUUCAAAAUGGCUUUGGGCUCAUUGUCUUGCAUUAUAUAUUAUAUCCUGCUCAGCUUGUUUUCUCCUUUACUUUGAAUACAAAAGCAUCACUAAAAUGAGGUUGGCAUACAUUACGCGGUCUAUUCUGAAUCCAAGUCACUUUACAGUUCUUGUUCGUGCUGUUCCCUGGUCUCCAGAACAAUCAUACAGUGAUUCAGUGAGGGAAUACUUUAUGAAUUAUUAUGCAUCAAGCUACUUGUCACAUCAAAUGGUGUAUCGGUCUGGUACUGUUCAAAAACUAAUGAAUGAUGCAGAGAAGAUGUGCAGGGUGUUUAAGCAUGUUUCCUCUGAGAACUCUAACCGGAAUUCACUCCCAUGUCAUUUUUGUGGUGUAGCUUCAAAUCCUUUUAUGAUUCUUUCUAGUGAAACAGAGAGUGAGAAGGGGAAUGUCAGAUUUGAUGUCCUGGAUUUAGCUGCAGAGAAGCAGGAGUAUGCAACUGCCUUUGUUUUCUUUAAAACUCGCUAUGACACCAUUGUUGCUUCAGAGGUUCUUCAAUCAGCAAAUCCCAUGUUAUGGGUGACAGAAAUGGCUCCUGAACCACGUGAUGUUUAUUGGUCAAACCUGUGCAUACCGUAUAAACAACUUUGGAUUCGGAAAAUAGCAACACUUCUGGCUGCUAUUGUGUUUAUGUUUGUGUUUCUUAUUCCUGUGACAUUUGUACAAGGCUUGACUCAACUUGAUCAACUAUCACAUGCACUUCCAUUUCUGCGGGGACUUUUUAAAAAGAAAUAUGUGACACAGGUGGUAACUGGUUAUCUGCCAAGUGUCGUUUUGAUUCUGUUUUUGUAUGCUGUUCCACCAACAAUGAUGCUAUUCUCAACCAUCGAGGGUGCUGUCUCACAUAGUGGGAGGAAAAAGAGUACAUGCAUCAAAGUAUUGUAUUUCACAAUUUGGAAUGUUUUCUUUGUUAACGUCUUAUCGGGGUCCAUUAUUGGGCAAUUGAGUGUUUUUUCAAGUGUAAAAGACAUACCCAAACAACUUGCUGAAGCUGUGCCAAUCCAGGCUACCUUCUUCAUGACUUAUGUUUUAACAUCGGGGUGGGCAAGUUUGUCGGUGGAAAUUAUGCAACCUUUUAUUCUCCUGUGCAACAUUUUGAAAAAAUUUAUAUUCCAAAUUAAAGAAGAUCCACCUGAUGGCACUUUAUCCUUCCCAUAUCAUACAGAAGUUCCAAGGGUCCUUCUGUUUGGACUCAUUGGCUUUGUCUGUUCGAUAUUGGCACCCUUAAUAUUGCCCCUCUUACUGAUAUACUUUUUACUUGCUUACCUCGUAUAUCGGAACCAGAUUAUGAAUGUCUACAUAACAAAUUAUGAAAGUGGGGGGCAGUAUUGGCCUAUCGCUCACAAAUCAACAAUCUUCGCACUGGUGUUGACCCAAAUUAUAGCUCUCGGAGUCUUUGGGAUUAAACGGUCAUCAGUUGCUUCUGGUUUCAUUAUUCCACUGAUUAUUGGAACUCUUCUAUUUAAUGCGUAUUGUAGCCAGCGUUUUUCUCCAACUUUUGAUAAGCUUGCCGCUCAGGAUUUUAUGGAGAUGGAUCGACGAGAUCAGCAGGAUGGGAGGAUGGAAGAGAUUUACAAACAGCUGCGAUCUGCCUAUUCCCAGUUCCGGUUAAGUCAGGACUUGUGUAAAGCUGCACCUGCACAUAUAAAUCAUAAUGAGAACACCUGUAAAGAUGUAAACACAAAUAGUAAUGAGGACCAGGAAAGCAUUCAAGAUUCAGAGGCCGCAUUGAGGCCAGGGACUGAAAUAGGCUCGUAGAUAAAUCUGGGUUUGUUCAUUGAUAUUCUAAAAGAGGACGACCUAAUGGGACGUGAAACUAGACCAUUCAUUUUAAAAGAACUGCUGAUGGUCCUUGUUUGUACCAAGGGUUUUGAAGAAUUACUAUCGGCAGAAUAUAUUUGUAUAUAGGCAAUUUACAAAAAGUAGCACCAGGUACAAAUUAGGCUUUUUUUUUCUUCCUUGCUUUUUACAUUUAUAUUUAAAUUGAGAAGUAGAAGAGGACGAACUUUUUUUUUAAAAAACAGAUUGGAGAAUGAACUUGUAUCAUUAAGUAAAUGAACUCUGUGAACUGUA